UCAUCAACAAACAAAACUAUAUUCAAUGCAUUCCAACACAACAAGCAACAUCCAACGAAUUUGGAUUUAAUGCAUUCCAAUCACAACAAGCAUUAACCAGUGUAUCUGGAUUUAACACACUCCAACCAUGCCAACAAUCAGAGGGAAUAGAAACAGCAGCAGUGAGAACCAAAGGCAAAGAACCUGAACUUUAUUAUGUCAACCUUUCCAAACAUCACAAGCAGCAACCAACGAAUGGAUUCAAUGUUUUCCAAGCACAACAAACAGCAACAUUCGAAUCCGAAUUUAAUGUUUACCAACCAACAAGCAGACUUGGAUUUAAUGCUUUCCAACCACAGCAAGUAACAACCAAUAAACCUGGCUCAAGUGAGACUUCUCGCCUCAAAAUCUACAAAGUAAAAAUUGUCGGACUAAGAAAAGCUUUUGGAAUUUUAUGA